CCAGUUAUGCGUAUAUAAUCCCUUAUCUGGUAUUAAUUUAGUUUUAACAGGCCCUACAAAAUCGCUCAUUUAUUAUCCGCGCAGAGCAAAAUUGAUCCUGCUAGAAAUUUUGUUGUUAUUGCUAGAAUUGUAUCUCGUACAUCGAAUGAAUUGUGGCGAAAGGACACAAAAACGUUUUUCAGAAUGAAUUUUUAAGACAUGGUCUUUUCUUUCAACUUAGCAUUUUACUAUAUUAAACCUUGUGAUAAAGAGUUUUUGUCUCUUUUCACCCUAAACGAAGAGAUAGGAGGUCUGGGAAUAAAAAAUUGACACUUAAGGUAUAGUGUACCUACUGUUGCGAAUCUCGUUUCGGGCAUUCACAUUUCUCAAGAAAUUUACUUUAGCAUAUUAUAUGUAUUUUGUAAAAAUUUCCCAUUUCAUUUUCCUCUAUUUUACUGUGAAAUUCACAUUAACGAAGAUAUAAGAUUUGUUCCAUACUUUUAUUUAACCCUGUAUCAAAUAUUUUUAAUUUUGUAAAUUUAAUGGACACUUAAAUCUUACAAACACCAUUUGAAAAUCGAUUAGUAAAAAUUACUUGAAAAAUAUAAUCAUUCACAUUGCGAGUUCGCGGAUUCUUGACGUCGCGCUAUUUACUUUAACUGCUGAAAAAAGGAAACAAAAUUAAAAAUUCCUUCUGAAAACAUUUUUGUAUCAUUAUGGCCACAUUUCAUUUGAUAUAAAUUGCAUAUUUGUGUUUAUUAUUGAUAUUAAUGAUAUUUUAAGCAACAAUCAGGAGUAGUUUGAUUUGACAUUUCCACAGGGGCCAGUGCAUACGUAAGCUCAUCGACGUUUACUAUACGUUUAGGUACCAAUGUAACCAGCAAGUUUUACUUUUGGAAUCGAAAGGUUUAUAAUUUACUAUUACAUUCAUAAUUCUCUUAAUAUAUACAAUUCCUCUGUACGUGUGUGUAUGGGUGUAACUGAAGUCUCCCUAAACGGCUGGACGGCGACGGACUAUGAUGAAAUUUUUUUUCAUGUGUUUCUGUAUGAGCCCGGGUGUUCAUUCUUGUUUGUCCAAGUACAACUGCACCUUACUCCUUGAACACAUAGCUCUGGUGUUGAAAAUUCAGAUGUUCAUGGAGUGGUUAAGUCAUCUGGAUCCUGAAGAAGUGAUUCUUACGUUCCCUUGUCCUAACUCUUCAUUCCCUAGAUGCACCUAAUUUCCAAUGGAGUAACAUUGGAUUUUAACAGCUGCGUCGGAUCGCUAUAAAAUAAAAUUAUAAGAUAGUUUUAGUUUACCGUCUGGUUUAAUUUUUUUUUUGUACGGAGGAUUAAGGAGCUGUUUUCAAGUUUCUUUCGAAAUGGAAUGGUAAAAAGUACAAACUGCAAAUACGCGAGAAUUCAGGAUUGAACUUGUCUUUCCUGUAGCAUUUGUUGAUCCAUUCAGAUCUCUUUGUGUGUUUUUUGGAAAAGAAAAAAAAAGGUAAAUUUCUGUUUCUCUCUUCUUGACUUUUACAGCUGGCUAUACUACAUCAGCGUUUACCAUCAGCCAUUUUUCCAGAAAUCUGGAAUAGCUUUGGUUUUCAACUAGGUAAUGAUAGGUAGUUCUAAAAAAUAUGAUUUUACAGGAAUUUAGUUCUUGGAAAACUGAGAAACUUUUCUUGGCAUUGUGUAACAUUACCAUGAAGCACCUUGAAGUUUUUUUCUUAUUGUUAGUGAGAUUCAGACGUGACGCCACUCUAAAUUUCUUUAAUUGGAUGUAAAACCACGUGUAGGAAAUGAAAAUUAUUUACAGCUAUCCAAAAACUCACUGCAAGCAUAGAUUUUUUUAACUUGUAUUCUUGAGUCGUGUACUUAUCUAAAAGAAUCAGCAAAGGCGCUUCUCAAGUAAUAUUUGGAUCAUGAUAAUGAAGCACAAGAUUUGCGGGCACACACGGCACGUUCCAAGUUUAAUUCAUAUUUAUAGGCAGAGCUGUGCAAAGGAAUUGGUACAAAAGGCUUGGAAAACCCUCAAGCUCUAAAAGAGCUUGCAAUUCCAAGGCUUCAAGCCUUUUCUAAAAACAGGGCUUUGGAAUUUACGUCUAAAGCCUUUUCGCGUGAGCUUGGGGCUUUGGAUUUCAGACAAAGAGCUUAAAUUCCUUUUAAAAGAAUUGAAAUUACUUUUUCAUUGAAAACUCCAUUUUAAGGAUGCAAUUCCCUUUAAAGAGCUUCAAUUCCUUUUUAAUAGGCUUGAAAUCCUCUUUAAAAAGGCUUCAAUUCCUUAUAUGGUUCCCACUCCCACAUCAUUUUUUAUUUCCAAUUUUUGUGAGCUUGCACUUUGCAGUACGUAGAACUGUUAGAAUAUUGUAAAAUUUUGCAACCAAUAGCAGUCACGUUGGAUAUUCUUCAAGGUCAAAAAAAAUACCUUUUAUGGGUACUUAUUGCCGUCUGUCUGUUCUUUACACAUCAAACUUUUGCAACUAAAAACACAAAAUCUAAAAUUAACGGAACCCAUUCUAAAUGAAUGCAUUAAUGCACUAUCUCGCCGAUUUUCAUCUCUAUUAACCUUAGAUAGUAAAUCUGAAGAUGCUAUUGUUCCAACUUUUACCAUACCAAAAUUUAAGUUGCGUUGGUAUAAUGCUAUAAAAGCAACAGCUACGAAAGAUUUGGAGGCCAUUACACAGUUGAUUAUAAAGGCUGCGCAAGAUCUUCAAGAUUCGGAUAAAGAAGCUACACAAAUUCUUAACCAAGCGGUAGCUACUGAUCCCGACCCUGAGGAUCUAUUUUUCAAUUUUGAUAAUAAUGAGGAAGUUGCGGCGCUGGCAAGUGCGCAACGUGUAACAAAUAUUGAAUUAGAAGUUCUCCAUUAUCUAAAAGAUCCCAGAACGGGCAUUACCAGCAUAAAACACUACGUCACAAGCGGGAGAUUCCCCUCUCACUCCGCAACGGCAGUGAAUGAGGCAACCGUUUAGUACUUGUUUAAAACAAUGGUUUAGUAUACGGACCGUGGGUUGGGUGGUAGCUACGAAAAAGAGGGGAUAUCAAUGUCGUUAUUGAACUUCUAACUUUAUAACUUUGCCAUUAUCAUUUUAAACGCACUAAUUACCUUCUCCUACAGCACACUUGUAAGUGUCAUAUUUUCGUACGUACAAAUAACUAUACCUACGGUAACGUCCAUACAAUGGCGAAUAUAGGCGUACUAUUCGUAAUCGCGUAUUUUGCAAGUUUUUGUAACUGUGAAACUGGCCCGUUCGUGUCCUUAAAACAAGGCGAUAUUUUAGGAAGAUAUUUUACAACCAGAAAAGGAAGAACCGUGAGUGGCUUUAGUGGAAUACCUUAUGCCAAACCACCUGUUGGAGAACUUCGAUUCAAGCCUUCAGUUACAUUGGAGCAGUGGAAUGGUACCUUAAACGCUACGCAACCUCACGCAGUAUGCCCCCAAUUGAACUACUACGAUAAAGAAAAUCCAAAUCCAAUUGCCGGAAGCGAAAAUUGUCUUUUUCUCAACGUUUAUACUCCACAGGUACCAAAAGAUAAAUGGAAUAACAUAAGCUACCCUGUCCUCUUCUACAUACACGGGGGAUCCUUUUCAGUUGGUAGUGCUAGAUAUGAUUGGUUGGGACCUGAGUUGCUUUUGGAUAAAGAUCUUGUUUUAGUCACUGUGAACUACAGAUUGGGAGCUCUAGGAUUUCUAUCUACUGGAGAUGACAGUAUACCCGCAAAUAACGGCCUAAAAGAUCAAGUGUUAGCCUUGCGAUGGGUUAAAGACAACAUAGCGACGUUCGGCGGAAACCCUGAGAAAGUUACGAUUAGUGGAAAUUCAGCUGGAGGAAGUAGUGUUCACUAUCUGACGCUUUCGCCUAUGACAAAAGGUCUUAUAACCAGUGCUAUCAUCCAGAGCGGAGUUGUAAUAUCCCAAAUAGCUGUAAUACCACGUAACGAAUCGAUAGGGUAUGCCCAGCGGUUUGGUGAGAAAUUGAACUGUUCAUCGGGUACGAGUGAAGAUUUGCUAAAGUGCCUCCAAGGCAGACACUUGUACGAUAUUGUCAAACAACAGCUAACAUUUUCGACUUGGGAUUCUUCGGCGAUUCCAUUUCUGCCAACGAUAGAACAAAAAUGUACCGAUGCGUUUCUCUGCCGCAAUCCCUUUAAACUGAUGCAGUCCAAUGACAUACUAGAUAUACCGAUUAUGCUAGGCAUAGUUCCAAACGAAGGAAUAAUAGUUUCCGCAGCUUUAUCUCCCGAGAAAAUAGACCAAAUGGAAGAGACAUUCGAGACCAACGCCUUUCACGAUUUCAAUCUUGAAUCCUUGGAUUUGGCAGAUAGUUUGCGCAAAUUCUACUUUGGAAAUCAAACGAUUGGAGUCGAAACUAGACCCGAGAUCACUGAUUUGUACACAGACGGGUGGUUUCUAUCAGGAGCAGACUUUUUGGUCCAGAAUCAUUUGGCUUACAGAAAGCAGCCGAUAUACUUCUACUACUUUGACUACAUGGGAUCGGAAAGUUACGCAUCUCUGUAUAAUGAUGCCAGCUUUUUGUGUGGAGCCAGCCAUACAGAUGAAUUAUUGUACCUACUAUCUCGAAAUGUGGCUUUUCCGGGUUACAAGCCAACGCCAUUAGAUGAUGAAAUGACCGAAACGAUGACUAGUUUAUGGUUUAACUUUGUUCGAUAUGGGAAUCCAACACCAGCAAAUGAAUCAAAGAUACCGCUAUGGCAAAGGGUUGUCAGCAACAAUUUAGAAUAUUACCACAUUGAAGGGCCGCGUAAUUUAAGUAUGCGCAAUAAUCUACUCUCAAAUAGAAAAUAUUUGUGGAGGAACUUGAGAGUGGCAGUGGAUGUAGAUAAGUUCGAUCCAUAAUCCUGCGAUUUUAGUUGUAAUGUCGGGCCAAAAUGUUAAUAGGGCUUGGAUGUUCUUUGGAUGCCGAUGCGGUUUUAUCUGGCAUUUGAAAAUUAUUUCUGCUUUUGUAUUAAAAUGCUGUUACGAAUCGAAGCUA